AUGGAAGAUUUCGUGUUACGCUUGGCUCAACUUAGUGCAGCCCAGCAAGAAGAAAAUGUACUUCAGCGAGAGACUAAUGCACAGCAGGCGGCGCAGCAGGAAAUUGUACGUCUGUUGAGUGCUCAGGUAACAGCCCUGGCUGAGGCAGCAGAAAGAGACAUACAAAUGCAAGCUGAAGCUGCCAGGAAAGAUAGAGAAACCCUUGCAGAGGUUCUGCAGCAGCUGAACUUGCGCCAGGAACAAUCUGGCAUUGCCACUGCUAACAGUGGGUUGGUUAAAGCAAGCCAUUUUCUCCAAAAGAUGACCCCACAUGAUGGGUGGUCUAAGACCCAGUGGGCAGGGUUGGUUGCUCCAUUUCUAAUGGGCGAUUCUCAGAAAGCAUAUUUUGAUUUGUCCACUGAGGAUGCUCAGGACUAUGAGAAAUUGAAGUUAGAAAUUCUCCGCCGUUUGGGUGUCACUCCAGCUGUGCGAGCCCAACGAGUGCACCGUUGGAAUUACCGGCCCAAUAAGUCUCCCAGGUCACAGAUACAUGAUCUGAUUUAUCUCGUGCGGAAAUGGUUACAACCUGAGACACUCACUGCACCCCAGAUUGUAGAAAGGGUCACAAUGGAUCGGUUCUUGACAGCUCUGCCGCAUGAAUUAAGAAAGUGGGUUAGUCAUGCUGAUCCAAAGUCCGCAGAUGAGUUGGUCGAGAUGGUGGAACGCUACCUCGCCGCAGAAGGGUUUUUGGCAGGUGUGUCACCUCCAGAGAACUUACCUGCAAAGCGGCGUCUGCCAGCAGGGCCAGGAAGAGGCACAUCAGCUUCAAGUCCUCCUGGUGGUUCUAAACCGUGGGUGAAGACCAAUAUGGAUGCCAGGUCUUUGAAAGAUACUAUACCAGGCUCCAAUAUCCAAUGCUGGCGGUGUCAAACCUGGGGGCAUGUAGCUGCCAAGUGUCCUACAGUCACAGAACCUAUGGAGUGUGAAGCAGCACGGCGCUUAUCCUUCUUUGCCCACCCAGCAUGUCUGACAUCUGCUGUGGCUCACAUGGCGCUGGUCAAAGUUGGUGGAAGGAGUGUCCAGGCCUUACUGGAUUCUGGGAGCCUGGUCACGCUUGUACAUUCAGAUCUGGUAACACCGGACCAGAUGGAAAAACGGUGCAUUGGUGUUUUGUGUAUACAUGGCGACGCAAAGAGUUACUGUACCGCUGUGGUCCCAAUUGAAACCCAAUUUGGUGUGACAUUCCAUGAGGUUGGAGUAUCCAAAUCGUUGAUGCAUAGUCUUAUACUAGGACGUGACUUUCCCUUGUUUUGGGAUCUCUGGAAGGUCGAGUUCCCACCUCCGACUUCCUUAACUUUGGAAGCUGAAUGUCCGGUUGGUUUGCCAGAAAUUGGGGACUCAAGUUCUGAAGUUUCAGCUGUAAGACUGGCCCCAGUUGAGCCUGACCAGUUCCCUAUCUCUGUGUUACUUGGGGACACUGAAGGGCCCCAGGAGUCUGGGGAAGAGUCACCCAUGCCAGAACUAGACUGUUCUCAGGAUAACUUUGGCACAUCCCAAUUAAGGGAUCCAACGUUAACUCAUGCUUGGGAAAAUGUUGCUAUGAUUAAUGGAGUGGCUCAAAGUACAGGUUUGGAGAAUGUGUAUCCUCACUUUGUUGUCAACCACAAUCUCCUUUAUCGUGUUGAUGAUAUAAGGGGUGAAGUAGUGGAACAACUGGUUGUUCCUAGUUCACACAGAAAGGUUGUACUUGACCUGGCUCAUAAAAACCCUAUGGGAGGACACUUGGCAGCUGAGAAGACUCAACAACGAGUUCUCCAAAGAUUUUUUUGGCCUGGGGUGUUUGUAGAAAUCAAACGUUAUUGUGAGUCUUGCCCAGAAUGUCAGUUGACGUCCCCUGCUCCUCAUUACUGGGGCCCCUUGGUACCACUACCCAUCAUUGAGGUACCUUUUCACCGGAUUGCGAUGGAUCUGGUGGGGCCCCUGGUGAAGUCUGCAAAGGGACAUCAAUACAUUCUGGUGGUUUUAGACUAUGCCACAAGAUAUCCUGAGGCGGUUCCCUUGCGGAACACAUCAGCUAAAACAAUUGCCCGGGAACUGUUUUACAUGUUUGCUAGAACAGGCAUUCCUAAAGAGGUCCUGACAGAUCAGGGAACGCCCUUUAUGUCUCGGGUAAUGAAAGAUUUGUGUAAAUUACUGGGUAUAAAACAGUUAAGGACAUCAGUCUACCACCCUCAAACUGAUGGCUUGGUAGAGCGAUCAAUAAGACUCUCAAAAGAAUGUUAA